CUCGUUUGGCGCAAAAUGCUCCUGUCUAUGGAAAUGGUGGUUCUGCUUUUGUAGAUGCAAAUGGUGAUAUUUAUAAUAAUGAAAGAAAGGCUCAUUUGGCGCAAAAUGCUCCUGUCUAUAAAAACGGUGGUUCUGCUUUUGUAGAUGCAAACGGUAAUGUUUGUAAUAAUGAAAGAAAGGCUCGUUUGGCGCAAAAUGCUCCUGUCUAUGGAAAUGGUGGUUCUGCUUUUGUAGAUGCAAACGGUGAUGUUUGUAAUAAUAAAAGAAAGGCUCGUUUGGCGCAAAAUGCUCCUGACUAUGAAAACAGUGGUUCUGCUUUUGUAGAUGCAAAUGGUGAUGUUUAUAAUAAUGAAAGAAAA